AUGGGCCAGAUUGGGAAGGGCGGUACGAGGGUGAGACUUGGCGUUGGUGUUUUGGAACAUCAAAGAUGGACAGGGUUUUCGCGGAGGUCGCUCCUCGGAUAUCUCCACAACUACAGGUCGGGGGUCUUCCAAAAUCGAGAAGAUUGGUGCAUAUGGCUAGGUCACUUCACCUUACAAUUUGUAUGGCACUCUGGCCCGGGGUUGUGGUGUGGUAGGGGAGAACGGGGGAUAAUCCCACACAGGAGCUUCGAACAACGUCCGGUUCACGUUUGGCUGGAUAACUCCACCACCACACGGGGUAUGCGGUCGGCGAUGGGGUCAAAAUGCUCGUAUGAUCGAGGGCUUUUCGAUGGAUCUAUCGGCGGGUUCUUAUUCGAAAAAUCGAGCGAGUUCGUGGUGGAGCGGUUGUCUUCUAAUCUAUGUAUUACUGAGAAAGUCAUCACUUAUACUAUAGAACCAGCGGCUUCAGAGGAAGGCCAUGCUUGUGAGGUAGCAGAGCGCGGGCAGAGGCAUCACAACGUGGGGCUGAGGGAGGGGGAGGGGGAAGGGGGCUUCUGGCCUCUAGAGCGCGAGAAUGGGGGCAUUUGCACAGUGAGAAUGGCUUGA